UCCAGCACUCACGCCGGAGCUUCUGACCCGCGCGUUCCUUUUCCCCUCCGGCUGCGGAGCGGGCAGGAUCCUGCACCGUGGUCGCGGGAGAAGAGGCAGCCUUGGCGGGCUCGGGCGCCUGCAGCGGCGCGCGAUCCAUCAGGCGGAUCAUACCACCGCCCGACAGCACGCGGGGGGAGCCGCCUGCCCCGCCGCACACGUCUCGGCAACCCCGCGGGGCUGAGGCGUCGCCGCGCCCCGGAGCCUGAGCGCGGAGCCGGCGUCCACCCCGAGGUCGGAGCCCCGCGGGCCGCGCCCGCCGCCGGCCCCACCCAUCCGGGUCGAGGAGGCCAAGGCCAUGGCCGAGACUGAGGAGCGGAGCCUGGACAACUUCUUCGCCAAGAGGGACAAGAAGAAGAAGAAGGAGCGAAGCAACCGGGCAGCGAGCGCCGCGGGCGCUGCGGGUGCCGCCGGCGGGAGCCUCGCAGCCGCUGGCGCGGCGGGCAGUGGGGCAGGCGUGGGAGCCCGGCCGGCAGACGGCGGGACCGCGGGAGCCGCGGGCUUUGGUGCCGCCACCAAGGCCGUGACGAAGGAUGAAGAUGAGUGGAAAGAAUUUGAGCAAAAAGAGGUUGAUUACAGCGGCCUCAGAGUUCAGGCGAUGCAAAUAAGUGAAAAGGAAGAAGAUGAUAGUGAAAAAAGAGAAGAUCCAGGCGAUAACUGGGAAGAAGGUGGAGGUGGCGGUGGUGGUGUAGAAAAAUCUUCAGGCCCCUGGAAUAAAACAGCUCCGGUACAAGCAUCUCCUGCUCCAGUAACUGUUACAGAAACCCCAGAACCGGCCAUGACUAGUGGUGUGUAUCGGCCUCCUGGAGCCAGGCUAACCACAACGAGGAAAGCACCCCAAGGACCACCGGAAAUAUACAGUGAUACGCAGUUCCCGUCCCUGCAGUCCACCGCCAAGCACGUUGAAAGCCGGAAGGAUAAAGAAAUGGAGAAGAGCUUUGAAGUAGUAAGACACAAAACUAGAGGUAGGGAUGAGGUUGCAAAAAACCAGGCCCUUAAACUUCAGCUAGACAACCAGUACGCUGUGCUCGAAACUCAGAAAAGCAGCCACACACAACACAGUUAAGGAAUGGUCUUUGCUAACCCUGCUAAGGUAACUAGACCACAGCUAACCACCACGAACAGCCACUCAUCACCUCACCUCUGCUGGAUCUACCGCAGCCGAUGCAGACCCCUCGAUGUAAGGGACCGGCCCCGUUGCACUAUGGAAGUUUCAUGUGUCACAGCUGCUCUUUAUGUGUAUUGAAUAUAGGGGGAUUCUCACUGUUAUAAAUGUGUGAACUAGAUUCAGCAGUGUCCUUUCAUGAUACUUACUCUGCAAAUACAAAAAAAAAAAACCUCCACAAAAACUGCAGCCAGUGGUCAUUUCAAAAUCUUUUUAUGUUCAGAUACUGAGCCUUUGUAAGGUUGACUACCUCAGAUUUGCUGCACUCAUGUGGACUUCAUGUGGAUCACAACUUCUGGACAAGAAGGUUACAGCUCUUAAGUGUCGGUGUGAAACUUGAAACCAGCUCUACUGGAUUCCUAUCAGAAAUCCUGCAGAAAGUCAGCCAUCUGGGUUCUGAUCUGCUGUAAAAGAUGAAGAUUUAAGUGACCUUAAUUAACCUGCCCUGCGCCCCACCCUUAAGGAAUGCUCUCUGUAGUGGGCUGUGGCUGUGUUAGACUUCCUGGGACGUGCCGCUCUCAAAAGAACUGAUAUGUUCAGAUAUCUGUGUAGGGCUGUGAUUUAUAAUUUAAACUUUGAGUUGUAUUCUGAGGUAACCACAAAUUCAACCAAACUUGAGUCCACCAAGUGGGAUGGGGGUAUGGGGGGGAUAAUCUUGUUUCUUUUGGAAAUUUUUAUUUGGAUAGUGCUUUAUCUAUGUUCCACAUUAAGGCCUUUUUUUUUUUUUUUGCUUUGACUUGGAAGAAGUUCUUUGACAGAGCAUAUUGCUUGGUUAAGUAAGUGCCCUGAAUAUGCAUUAGAAUUGUGAGAUGUCUCAUGAAAUUGCCAAUCCCUAGAGUGGAACCAAAUAGCCUUUGAUGUAAAGGGCAGUGGAUGCAGAGGGCUCUACUUCCGGUGCUGCUAAAGCCUCCUCGAAUCAGGUCUAAAUUAUAAAGUUAACUGCAGUUUCUGCUCAGGCCAAGGGAUUCACUAACCUGUUUUAUAAAUUCAAAGCAAUGUGAGCAGAACCUCAGCCUAUUGCGUGAUCUUUGACAACUUCAAAUAUACUUGUGCCCAAAUGCUUUAAGUUACUGGACAUUCUGUAGAUGCAGCAAUUGCUCCAGGGUGACUCUUAAUCAAUCUUUCGGUGUGUCUUUAUGCUGUUGACUUGGAAAGGGGCAAAAGACAGGUGAUGUAGCACUUCUGUUUUGAAUAAUUACAGCUUAAACUAUCCAGCAAAUUUUCAGUCCUUCAAAGGGACUUCAGGAAGAUACCCAGGAUUACCGAAAAGUUUCUUUUCAUCUAAUGAGAUAGCCUGGUAAUUGCCUAGUUUUGUAUCUUUUGUUCAAUAGAAAUAUUUGAAAGUGGUAUGUGACCACUGAUGCAGAGUCUGGGUUUCUCUAUAAUAAAUCCCUUAGCCAAAUGGUGGGAGUUGCAGACUUGCUACUGGCAAGAGUGAAGCAAACGGGUGAGUAAAACUGUCCCGAUGCAGAAGCGUAUUUCUGUGGGAAUUUAGUCUUGAUAAAAGUGUCAGCGCAGGAAUCGGACUCCUGGGGGUUGUAGCACCUCCUGACAGGAGCUGCCGGCCGUUGCUGGCUGGGCAAUAAUGUCGGUGUUACUCGAGGCGGCACCAGGAAGCCUGCCUCCCGGUGUGUCUGGUGAGCUGCUGAGCCAGCCGCGGAGGGGUUGGAUGGUUAAGCGAGAAACGGGAUUCUUGGUUAAACUGAAAACUUCGUUUGGGAACCAAAUAUCUUAAUAAAUCUCUUGGACCUUGAGCCACAUACUUUCCCUGAAAAUAUGCAUUUUUUCCAGCAGAAUUUUGUUGAGGGUUGUGUUAUUGAGGAAUGAACUGAAAUGGAGAAACGUGGAACUUAUUUAAUGGCAUACUGUACUAGAAAUCUGAAGACCUUCAGGAGAUUUAAAACCAACUCUUGUUACAACUUUUUAAAAGAUUGUGAAAUUAUCAAAAUGCACAUGAAUCAAGUUUUAAUAUACUGUAUGAUGGGUGGGUAGGCUGUCCAUUGUACCAUUUCUUUCUUUGAAUUCUCAGGCAUGGUUUGGCAGUGCAAGAACUCUGUAACAUUAACAAAGUCAAUAAAAAGUAAGUAUAUGGUUUUA